AUUGAAUCUAGCCUCUCUCUCUACCUUAGUCCUUGCUUCAUUCUUCUUCGAAAGCAUAAUUUUAGAAUCGUUUCUCUUCCAGUGUUACAGUAGGACAAUCUUUACUCAUCUUCUCUGCUCACACAACUCCAUUGUUUCCUCUUCCCUUCCAUGGAACCAGACCACAACCCUCCUCCCAACACCUCCACCCCCUUUCACCACCACCACGACGGCGCAGGAACCUGCGUCAACUGCGGCGGACCCACCGCGUUCCCUACACCGCCGCCUGAUCCCAACCCCAACUACAUCCCCAUUCGCGCUCCGGCCGUCAACCUUCCACCAGCCAAUAACAGAGAAAUCAUCAUCCGAACCCCUGUUCCUCAAUCACAGCGAAUCAUUCCCCUAACUCCCCCUUUUCAUUUCCAUACCCCAACGAAAAAAAUCCACUCCCAAAGCGAUAUUGAUCAGUUCCACUCCUCUCCCACUUGCCAUAACUUCCUUGGCUUUAUCGUUUCACUCUCCGAGUCUGUUCGUUCCCACAAGCUCUCCGAUCCUUGCCACGUGUCUCCUCCAGUUUCAGCUAUUGUUUCCGUUCUCCAAACCCUUAUUUCCUACGUGGAUGAGAUUCCUUUAGCGCCUCAGACCUCUCGAUACGGAAACUUGGCGUACCGUACGUGGCACGAGCGCAUGAGCUGUGAUGCUGAGUCAUUCAUGCUUCAGUUCCUGCCUACCGAUCUCCAUUCUGCUACUGUUGAGCUUGUUCCUUACUUUACUGAUAGCUUUGGGAACUCCAGCAGAAUUGACUAUGGUACUGGGCAUGAGACAAAUUUUGCAGCAUGGUUGUACUGUUUAGCAAGAUUAGGAGUUGUGAAAGAAGAGGACUAUCAAGCUCUGGUGUCAAGGGUUUUUGUCAAGUACUUGGAGUUGAUGAGGAAGUUGCAAAUAACCUAUUGCCUAGAGCCUGCUGGGUCCCAUGGUGUUUGGGGACUAGAUGACUACCACUUUUUACCUUUUAUAUUCGGGUCAUCUCAGUUGAUUGAUCACAAAUACAUGAAACCAAAAUCUAUUCAUAACGAAGAUAUCUUGGAGAACUUUUCAAAUGAAUAUUUGUAUCUCUCAUGUAUUAUAUUCAUAAAGAAGGUGAAGAAGGGAGUGUUUGCAGAGCAUUCUCCUAUGUUAGAUGACAUUAGUGGUGUGCCCAAUUGGAACAAGGUAAACAGUGGCUUGCUUAAGAUGUACAAGAUAGAAGUAUUGCAGAAGGUUCCUAUCAUGCAGCAUUUCCUUUUUGGCUCCAUUAUCCAAUGGCAAACUUUGGGUUUAUUAUGAUUCUCUGGCAUCUGUGCAAAUCUGAAUCUUCCUUAAUUUGCUUUGCUUCUUCAUCCAGGCAAUGAUGUGCUGGUCGGUCUUUUUUCUGAACCAUGGGUUAGUCAUAUAUGGCUUCCUAUUUACCAGCAGCUAUAUAGUGAUGGAGAAACAUACUUUCUAAUAUUUUGGCAGCACAGACCUACAAGAUUUGAUGAUUCUAAUGUGUCAACCUGCUAUUCAGCAGACACUUCAUCAUCAGGAUUUUGAAUAUUGUUGUUAAAAUGAUCUUGAAGGUAUCAUGUACUCACAAUUGUACCUUUUGAUAGAUUGUAAGUGCUUUGUUAUACAGUUCUUUGGGGAAUACUUACCCUCGAAUAUGAGUAUACUUUUAAGGCAGUAUAAAUCCUAAUCCCAUUUUGUGGUGGAAAAUGAUUUACUUCUUAGGAUAUU